UCCCGCCGAUAACCAUCGCAGCGCCAAAAAAAAAAAAAGUCAGUUACUCUUUUCUUUCACACAUUAUCCGGCGCAACCAAUCAAUACAUCCAUGCUACUACUACACUUACUAUUACCAUGCUAUUGAAAAGCAUAAUCCAACGAAAACUACUGUCUCUACUUCAACCAUGGCUUCGAGAAGAACCUCAACUCGAUAUCGAAUUAGGGUUUUUCCACUCUCUCGCCGUCGCGAACAACCUCCACUUCGACGUCUCUGUUCUCAACCAACUCUUCCACGCCCCUCCUUUAUUGUUCGUUAAAUACGUCACUGUCGAACGCCUCGUCGUUCGAUUCUCAACGUGGUCCCCGCCGGCAUUCAAUGUGGAAUUUCACGGCGUUCGAGUCGUGUUAUCAUUCGAGAAGCCGGAAAAGGAGGAAUGCGCAAGACGGUUACGGUUGUGUACGUCGAAGGAUGAUUAUUUGGAUUAUCUUAGAAAGAAACUGUCGUUACUUGAUCCUGAGGGCUGUUCAUUGCAUCAAAUUUUGGAGACGAUUUUAUUUGCUGUACCUGAGAAGAAAGGUUUUACAUCAUCUUGUCUGAAUUUGAUUCUGAAAAACUGUCAUCUAGAGGCACAUGGCAUUCACAUGGAGGUUCGAUUCCCCAUCUUAAAUGAUGAGUUUGUAUGUUUUGGGGAAAUAAAGGAGUUCAGUGCAAGGUCCGAGUAUUUGGAUACAAAAUGUCUUCUUAGAGGUUUUGUCAGUACAGUUUUUGUUCCAAUUAAAGAGAGCUCUUUCAUAUUAAAUGGCACUGGGUUCAGGGUUGGAUUAAAUGGGAAAAAUCAUACAGAUCGUAUUAUGCUUUCAUCCGAUGCGACGAGUUUCAUUAAAUUCAUAGAUCUCAAGCUGGUAUAUUGCACACUCUGUUUUUCAGAACUCAUUUGUGCAUUAUCUCCAGAUGACAUUUCUGUAUGUCUACUUUUCGACAAACUGCUAUCUGAUAAGUUCAAUCAAGCUAGAAGUGCUAGAGAGUUAUGGAGAAUAGCUUCCAGCAGAAUUAGCCAUGUGAUUGUAACUCCUAGAUAUUCAUUGCAAAGAUUAGUCGGUGUUAUAGGCCGAUGGAUACACUAUGUGAAAGCUUAUGAGAGAAUCUUGCUGCUAACUGGAUAUUCUACUGCAAACGUAUGGAAAAAGUCAAUUUCUAAGAUGUCUCAUAACAAACUGAGUUCUGCCAAACACAAUUGGGAGUUGAUAUCUGACAUUGAGAAGAAGUUACCUGUGGAAGGCAUAUCACUUGCGAGGCGAAUAGCUCGUCAUAGAGCAGCAUUGAAAGUUCCAUUUGAUUGUGACAAGGAACGUGGAGCCACAAGUAAUUUCUUCCGUCCUCUUCUUUUUAUCGUGGCAUUUAUGUUGGAAAUGAUUUCAAAGGUGAUCCAUUGUCUAGGGGACAUAUUUUUUGAGGAAAAUCCAGUGCAAGAUCCAGAAAUUGAUGGAUUCUGUUUGGGAAGUCUUAUCAAAGAUCCUUGUCAAAGGUGUUGUUUUGUGUUGAACUUUAGGAAAAUCAUAAUGACAGUUUCCCAAAGCAAUGAAGUUCACCCAUCAGUGUAUGAAACGUUACAGUCACAUACUGGAAUUGCAUACUCAGAUUUUCUUUCAAUAUGUUUUUGCAUAGAUGCUUUGUUAUUUGUAUCUGUAAAAGAUAUUCUCGAGCAGAGAGUCUUUCUAUCAUGCGGGCAAAUGAAGGUUGAACUUGCACCUUCUACAAUGUCAGCAAGAGCAAGUACAUCAAAUAUGCUUAGUUAUACUGAAGGAAAAGGAAAAGAAGGUAGUCAUGAUAUCAAAUCACUUAUGUGGGUUGAAGCUGCAAAAAUGUUUCUCCUCUCAGAAACUAAUGUCGUGCAAGCUGACGAAUCUUUUGAUUCUCAUAUUGAAAGCUUUAUGGGAAAAUUGUUAGUGAGUUGGAAAGAAAUUUGCAAAAAUUUUAAUGAAAGUGAGAUUCAAUAUUCUCAAAAUCCAUGCCUGCUCUAUAAGAUUGAGAUAUCUUCCUCAUAUUCAGACCCUGAGAAUCCAGAUUAUGGGUUUUAUGAAUGUGGUUUAUUGGUAGGAAAGUUAAAUUUGAUUUUUAGUCACUCUUCAUUAUCAUCAGUGUCUCUAAUUCUUAGCCAAAUACAACAUGCUCUUUACUGGGAGGAUAGGAUGGAUGUUUGUAUUGUUUCAAAUUUGUUAGAUAAAACAGAAAUUUGCUGGGUUAAGAAAUAUGAAUAUUUUUCCAAAAAAAUGAUUUUGGCCAUGUUUCAAAAGCUUCCAGAGAGAGACAUUCAUUUUGGCAUGUACGUUGACGGUCCUUCAGUGAGAUUUUCACACAGAUUGGAGUCCAAUAUCAGUGGUCAAGACAUUAAUGACACUAUCACUCGGGAUAAUUUUGACCUCAUUUUUGAUUUCCAUGAGAUUAAAGUGGUAGUUGGAUCACUACCAUCUUUAGUUGGUAUGAAAUUGACAGGUCAAUUAGGGCUUGGUGAUGCCCAAACAGAGUGUGUUGCAUUGGAACCUCGGGUGAUAAAAAUUCCAAAACCCAAUAAUGAUAAGUAUGCAUCGUCAGGAAAGAUAUCAAUUGCUUCCUACCUUCAUCUGGAUGGCCUAAAUGCUUGUUUGGAGAAGUCAACAGGUGACAAUCAGAUUCAACUUUUAAUAUUGAAGCCAAUCACUGUCCAGAUGCUAUGGUUUAGGGAUUAUAUUUAUUCCCUGAGCACAACAAUGUCUGCCUUUUCAGCUGCUUUGGAUAUAACAGCUGGAGGAUUCACUGUUUUGUCAUUUUUGGAUGAGGUGUAUAUGAUCUAUAAGGCAAUUGCAAAAGUUUCUUCUGUGGUUUCUUAUCUGUUUAGCAGUUUUGAAGGUGUUGAUUGUAUACAUCCUGAAAUUAUGAAAUCAGGGACAUUUUUUGCAGUACCUGAUAACCGUGAGGCAAUUAUACCCGGGGAUUUUCAGACAAAUGACAUAUUCCCGUUUUAUAUUGAUGGGACCUGCAGACUCAGUUCGGUGGAUGUCAUUCUUCAUAAUUCCAGGACAAAGGGUAAUCUGGAGUGUAAUUCCAGAAAGUUUGACAUUUUAACUGGCAACAGGAAGGCUAUGAAAACGUUACCUGACUGUGGAAUUUGGAUUUCUAUUCAGCAGUCCAUUUUAGUAAUAUCUUGUGAAGAAGCGAAAAUGGAUCUCCUCACCAAUUUAUCUGGAAUCAUGUCUUCUGUUUUUGAAUACCAGAACUUGAUUGGAAACAACCAUGAAAAUAUAGUACUUCAGAAUUUGUUAUUGCAAUCUGUUAAUUGCUUACACGAAAUAUCUCUUUCUGGUUGCAAAUUUACUUUAUGCUUGGGUCUUGUUCAAAAUACCUCAUCUUCAGGAAACGGGAUCAAAACAUUUGGUAGUUCUAGUUCCGAUGGUAGUACAUCUCACUUGGUACGGGAAACCAGUUUGUCCGUCUUUGAAAGGUCUAAUAACCAAUCUCCCCUCAUAGUUAAAAAAAUGGGGCCUCCUACAAAUACUAGCACGGAAGCUUCAGCAAGUCACUGGUUAGUAAUGAAUGUUGCAGUAUAUAAUAUUUUUAUCGGAAGAUGCUCAAUGAAAAGCGAUCUACUUCGAGAACAUAAAGUGAAUAAGCUUCUGUUUUUCCUUUCUAUUGGUGGAGAUUUUAAUAUGAUAUUCUGGGAGAUCCAGGGUGGACUCAUUGUUCUUGAAACAUCAUCUUUGCCAAUGGCCAUUGAUAACUAUUCUUUAUAUCUUCACUGUAUUGGCAAUCUCACUUCUGUUGCACUGCAACAUAGUAAAGGCAUCAACAAGGCAGAAGAUGGCAGUGAGAACUACAAUCUUGAUAUUGAUAUUGAUCAAGGGACUGAUGGCACAUCACAACAAGUCGAAAGUGGAUUGCCAGACGCAUUUGACUUAUCUUUGUCUCACUUUACUGUCGUUUUAGCUCUUGAAAAUGAUUCUGGUAGUAUCCAAGAAAUUAAACUGGAGGUUGAUAUCUGUCUGAAAUUUGAAUUGGCAACUACUGGGAUGAAAUUCACAGCUGAGCUUUCUCGUUUAUUAAUCCUCUCACAAGUUAUCCAUAAGAGAGUAGAAGGAAAAACUAUAAUUCCUCAUUUUUCUUCUGUGACAUCAAAGGAUUUGUCACCUCCUCUUGCAUCAGCAGAUCAUUUUUCAGGAUUUCAAAACAUCGGUGAAUUGAACUCAGAUAAUGAUGCAAGUAGUUCAAAAGAACCUAUUCAGGUUCAGUUAAGUCAUCAGAACCAAAUUUUAAAAAAUUUAAGAGCUUCCAUGUCACUAGAGAGGCCAGAUAAUGGUUCUUUGCAUUUUUCUCGGUAUUGGUUUGGUAUUGGUUCUCUUUCAGGUUUCGACGUGACACUUUCUGUAUAUGAAAUCCAGACGAUCUUGUCAAUGGCCUCCUCAUUUUCUGGGAUAUCCAGUCAAGAUGCAACAAAAGCGUCGGAGAGAAAUCAUUGGUCUACUAGCCAAGUUGACAAUAGUUUGGAAGCAAUCAUUCCUGAUGGGGCAAUUGUUGCUAUUCAAGAUGCAAAUCAACAUAUGUAUUUUACAGUUGAUGGUGAAGAAAAUUCUUUCAGUAUAGGUGGUGCGAUUCAUUAUUCUCUUGCCAGAGAAAGGGCUCUUUUCAGGGUCAAACACUGCCUCCAAAAGAGCUGGAACUCUACAGUAUUAUGGUUUUCCUUGAUAUCAUUGUUUGCUAAGAAUGAUAUGGGUGUACCAUUGAGAUUAAAUAGUCGACCAGGAUCAUGUUUUGUUGACAUCUCAUGUACCAAUGAUGAAGGAUGUGCUCUUUGGAGAUUCUACCCUCCUCAGGCUGAAAGCUAUGAAGGAGUUACUGACUCGGAGGCUUUAGAUCAAUCAGCGAAGAGAACUUUCUACCUUGUGAACAAAAUGAAUAACUCUGCUAUUGCUUUCGUUGAUGGUGCUCUGGAGUUUGUCAGGAAGCCUGGGAGUCCAAUCAAAUUCAAAGUUUUUGACAAUCUUUCUUGUACUUAUGAUGAUUCCGAGACAGAUAGCUACCCUAGAAUGGCUCUGCAAACUUGUUUGCACACUGAUGCAGAAAGCACCUCUUCGCUGGGUGGAAAACUUCCUUGUAUUAAUAUUAAAAUUGAGAGAAUUUCCUUGAAUAUUGUUCAUGAACUUUCAGAUACCGAAGAUCUCUUCCCUCUCAUUUGCUUGUUCCUCAACGACACACAACUUACUGUACAGAGUUUGGCAACAAAAUCUAGGGUCAUAAGCACAUCAAGUGCAUCCAUAAAUUAUUUUGAUGCUCAAAGAAACUUAUGGGGAGAACUUCUCCGUCCUGUUGAAAUUAGCAUUUUUUACCGAUCUAGCGUUCAAGCCCAGCUUUCAGAAUCUGCAUCUAAUGCAGUACCUAUUAACUUCUUCUGCAGAAUAAAAGAGUUGGACAUAUCUCUAAAUGAAAAUUCGUUGGAUGUGCUUCUCUUCAUGAUUGGGGAAUUGCAACUAUCUGGUCCUUAUUCACUUCAAAGCUCGAUGAUUCUGGCUAAUUUCUGCAAGGUGGAGAAUCAGUCGGGGUUGAAUCUUCUUUUUCUCUUUGAUCAGCAACAAGUUACAAUACCAAAAAAACAGUCUGCCUCCAUUUUAUUAAGGAGACUCUUUGAUUUCAAAAUUCAAGAUUCAGAAGCUAAAAUAUCUGUUUCCAUCCAACUUGCUGAUUGUGGCUCCUUUGCAACUUCUCCUAUUCGUCUCUUACUUCCACAAACACAGACUCUUGCUUGGAGAACCCAAAUUAUGUCCAGCAAAGGUUCAAGAACUUUCCCUGGGCCAAUGCUCGUGGUUAACGUUUUUAGAAAUUCAGAGGUUGGUUUGUCAUUGGUGGUUUCUCCGCUGAUUAAAAUACAUAAUGAAACCGGAUUUUCAAUGGAACUUCAAUUCCAGCGAUCUGCUCCAAUGGAAGACGAGUUUGCAUCUGUGUUGUUAAAACCAGGAGAUUCUAUAGAUGAUUCUGUGGCUAUAUUUGAUGCAAUAAACUUCUCUGGAGGAGUAAAGAGGGCUUUAAUGUCUUUAAGUGUUGGAAACUUCUUAUUUGCAUUUAGACCUAAAAUGACGGAGGAAUUAUGUAACUCUGAAACUUCUCUUUCAUUGGAAUGGUCGGAUUAUAUUAAAGGUGGGAAAGCUGUCCGUCUAUCUGGAAUAUUGGAAAAAUUAAACUACAGAGUUCGCAAGGCAUUAUUUGCAAAAUCAGAUAAGUGUUCCUUCAGCACUGUGCAUUGCAAAUUCAAGUCUGAGGGUUUAUGUGUUGCCGAUAUGCAUUUUCUCAUUCAGACAAUUGCUAGAGAUAUCCCUGUUGCACAACCUGAAAAGUCUGCUGCUGUCUUAAAAAACGAGAAUUCAAAAGUUUCAUUGCUAGAGCAGAAAGAAAUAUACCUUCUUCCUACUGUACGGAUGACAAACUUAUUGCAUUCUGACAUAGAUGUUCUUUUGAGUGAAACAGGUCAGUCGAAUCUGGUUGGAUAUGAGAAAAUUGGGAAGCAGGCAAAGAUAUCAUGUGGUUCCACAGCUGAUUUUUAUGCCAAUCCAGCAGUUAUAAACUUCAUUGUUACUUUAACUUCUUCUAAUUCAAGUUCCAAGCCAGUAAGUAGUGGGGAUUGUGUGAAGAAGUUACUGAAGCUGAACACUGAAGUCCAACAUCUUGAUAUAAAUUUGGACUUCGAUGGAGGAAAUUUUUUCGCAACUUUGAGACUGUACCGGGGAAACAGGGGCGCGCUGGAGGUUAUUGUUUUUACAUCCUAUUCCAUGAAGAAUGAGACAGACUUUCCAAUUUAUGUUCUUGCAACUAAAAGGUGGCCUCUAUCCAGAAUUGAAUUAGAAAAUUUAAAUUCGAACAUUCCUUCAGAGCUAGGAUUAUGUUUGCAACCAAAGUCAACCAGAUCAUGGUUCUUGAAAUCUGAAAAAGUGCAACUGAAGUUGCUGGAGGACCAUACAUCUGAGACACUGCUAGACUUGGGUUCGUUAUCCGGUCUUACCGAAAUAAGCUUUAAAAAAGAAGAAGGAUCUGGCAUUAAAUCUGUAAUGAAGCUUGGAGUGUCUAUUGGUCCUUCUUUUGGAGAGAUUGUUGUGCCAUCCCAAACGGUGACUUUGGUUCCACGAUACGUUAUUUGUAAUGAAUCAGAACUACGUAUUACUGUUCGCCAAUUCUAUUUUCAGGAUGAGGGUGCAGGUGAUAUUUCCAUUGACAGCAAACAGAGAAUGACACUGCCGCUGAAGGAAGGAUUUUGCAAGAAAAGAGAGUUCAGUGUAUUUGAGCGGUUAAUCAGAAAACACAGUAUUUCCAACGACAAUUCCUUGUUAUUUAUUAAGAUUCAAACAAAUGAGCCUGAAUUGGGAUGGUCUGGGCCAGUGUGUCUAGCUUCACUAGGACAUUUUUUCCUGAAAUUCAGAAACGAAGCUACAACUUCAGACAACAAAAUGACACAAUUUGCAGCUGUUCAUGUGGUAGAAGAAGGUUCUACUCUUGUUUUGAGUUUCUACAAGCCACCAAAUUUGAGUCUACUACCUUAUCGAAUUGAAAAUUGUUUGCAUAGCGUAUCAAUAACUUACUAUCAGAAGGGUUCAUUAGAGCCGGAGGUUCUUGGGCCUGCAGGCAGCGCUUAUUAUGUCUGGGAUGAUUUAACUCUUCCUCAUAGACUGGUUGUCCGCAUCAAUGAUAGCCUUCAAUUACGAGAGAUUAAGUUGGAUAAGGUGAGAGCAUGGAGACCUUUUUAUAAACUUGGGCAACAAAGAGUUUUGGCUACAGGUUUGCUUUUAGACAAAAGAUCAAGAGACCAGAAGGCAAGUUUCAGUGAGCCUAAUGGCUUUGAGAUGACAAAAGUGGGAUAUGAAAUAUAUGCCGAAGGACCAACCCGAGUUUUGCGAAUUUGUGAGAUCUCUGAUAGUUUCAAGAGAGACACAGCUCUUGAUUUGCAUGCAAAAAUUCAACUGAGAAUUUCUCAGCUUGCGGUUCACGUACUUGAACAUGUAACACAGCAGGAAGAUGAGAAUGAGCACAAAGAUUUUACACCAAUUGUAGUCGUGAAGCUUAGGAAUCUUCACAUGAUCACUGUUUCUAAUAAUCACCAGAUAUAUAACCAGUUGAGUAUACAGUACAUAAACUUGGAGCUUAAGUGGAAUGGAGCUCCUUUUGCAUCAAUGCUCCGCAGACAUCAAUUGGAUUGUGAUGACCCAAAUGAUAGUGUACUGAAGGUUGUUUUUGUUCUACUUACGUCCAGUUCAAAUGUGAAGCAAUUUAGAUACUCAUCAAUUUUUCUUCAGCCAAUUGAUUUGAACUUUGAUGAGGAGACAUUAAUGAAACUUGCUUCAUUUUGGAGAACAUCUCUUAGUGACUCAGAGAGUCAGCGGUUUUACUUCGAUCAUUUUGAAAUCCAUCCAAUAAAGAUCAUUGCUAAUUUUGUUCCUGGGGAAUCACAUUCAACUUAUAGCUCAGCGCAGGAGGCUCUAAGGUCCUUAAUUCAUAGUGUGGUUAAGGUGCCUUCCAUAAAAAAUAUGGUAGUAGAACUGAACGGGGUUCUGAUAACUCAUGCUCUGAUAACAAUACGUGAAUUAUGUAUUAAAUGUGCACAACAUUAUUCAUGGUAUGCUAUGAGGGCCAUAUAUAUAGCUAAAGGAAGUCCCCUGCUUCCGCCGGAUUUUGUUUCUAUUUUUGAUGACCUGGCUUCAUCAUCUCUUGACGUCUUCUUUGAUCCGUCCCAUGGGUUGGCAAAUCUUCCAGGAAUUACUUUAGGUACUUUCAAAAUUAUAAGUAAAUGCGUCAAAGGGAAAGGUUUUUCAGGGACAAAACGCUACUUCGGUGAUCUAGGGAAAACUUUGAGAUCAGCAGGUUCCAAUAUAGCUUUUGCAGCUGUAGCAGAGAUAUCUGACUCUAUUCUGAAAGGGGCAGAAGCAAAUGGUUUUGAAGGAUUGAUGAGUGGGUUUCACCAUGGCAUUCUGAAGUUGGCUAUGGAGCCAUCAGUUCUGGGAACUGCUUUGAUGGAAGGUGGUCCUGAUAGAAAGAUAUUGCUUGAUCGAACUCCAGGAGUUGAUGAGUUAUAUAUUGAAGGAUAUAUCCAAGCCAUGCUAGAUACAGUUUACAGACAAGAAUAUCUUAGAGUCAGAGUUAUUGACAAUCAGGUUAUCCUGAAAAACUUACCACCAAAUCAUUCUCUUAUCAAUGAUAUCACGGAUCAUGUUAAGGAGUUCCUUGUAAGUAAGGCAUUGCUAAAAGGAGACCCCUCAACUAUUUCUCAACCUUUACGUCGUCUUCGUGGAGAAACUGAAUGGAGAAUAGGACCAACAUUAUUGACGUUGUGCGAACACCUUUUUGUUAGCUUUGCAAUACGCAUACUGCGAAGACAGGCUAACAAGUUCAUUCUGAGAAUUAAACCAGAAAAACAGUCAGAGGUUGGCGGUAAUGAAGAUGAGCCUGCAGACUCUAAUCACAAAGUGCAGAAAAUGAAUUUCAUUCAAAGAUGGGAUUGCCAAAUUUGUCUUGUCUGGUUUGUUGGCAUAUAUUGAUGGCCGUUUAUGCCGUAGUAUUCCAAAUCCUGUAGUGCGGAGAGUAGUUAGUGGCUUUUUGUUAAGUUUUAUUGACCAAAAUGAUGAAAAAUAAAUCCUACAAUUAUCGCUGUUCAAGCUACGUUCGCAAAAUAAAUAGAAUGUGAUGGAAGAAGGCCCCCCUUUUGUGCCUUGAUAUGCUGAAACAAACUCAUCUUAUGCAUGGGAAUAUCAGUGACUUGUAGUGUCACUUUCAAAUGAAAUAAGACUAUUAGUCUGUUGUAUAUUAAUCUGGUAUUAGAUCUCGCUAGUUGCUGGUCGAGUAAUACUAUUACAUUUUAAUCCUUCCCUCAACUUUGACUGUUUAUGUCCUUUUCAAAAUUUGUAAAUAUCAAAUAUUCUGUUCUGAAUGUUUACUUUUGAAGGUGAUUUGUUAGGGUUCGAAUUUGGCUCCCUCUAAAAUGACUAGCCAGUAAAAUGAGUAAAUAAAUGAUAUUGUAACUACUCAUAAUUAGUUAUGCUGUGUAUUUAAUAUUAA